GAAAGAAGGCAAGGAGCUGGAGCUUCCGGGAUCCCCAGAGGCUUCUCCUCCCGCUCCCACCCCUGCAGUGGGACAGGGCGGUAGCCACCCUAGCCCAAGCUGGCAGAGCGAGCACUCGCGGCUGCGGGCUGUGCGCGGUAGUGGGCCUGGCCGGCGGCUCCGAACGUUCAUUCAGGAAGAGCAGACCUCGGAUCGGACCCUCUGGCCACCACGCCGGGCCUUGGGAUUCCCCCGCCCUGGCUUCCCUCCUGUCACCACCACCCAUAGCCUAUCUGACUGAGCUCCGCGCCCUGGAAAUUAACACCCAGGGAGGCAGGGGGCUCCCUUUAUCCAAGGAGUGGUUGUGCAGGUGGACACUACAAGUGGUAGGAGCGACAGGCUGGGACCUCUUGAUGUCAGAAGUGAAUGGGAAGGUUGACUGACCACAGACAGUCUCUCAGUCAGGGCCCUCUGCAUCAGCAUGAACUCCAGGACCGCACCUGCGAGGGGCUGGUUCAGCAGCCACCCACCCACCUCUGAGCCUGAUCUGGAACCUGCCACAGAUGGGUCAGCCUCUGAGACCGCUACCCUCAGCCCAGAAGCUACCAGCUUGAAUGACACCAGAAUCCCUGAUGUGGCUGGUGGCACAGCCAGUGUGGGUACCAUGCUACUGUCCCUUGGGAUCAUCACAGUGAUUGGCCUGGCUGUAGCCAUGGUUUUGUACAUCAGGAAGAAGAAGAGGCUGGAGAAAUUACGCCACCAGCUCAUGCCCAUGUACAGCUUUGACCCUACGGAGGAACAAGAUGAGCUGGAGCAGGAGCUCCUGGAGCAUGGACGGGAUGCUGCCUCUAUGCGGGCUGCUGCCUCUGCUCAGGCCGCGCAGGGCAAGGCCACUCUUCCUUCCCAGGGCCCACUGCAGAGGCCCAGCCGGCUGGUGUUUACCGACGUAGCCAACGCCAUCCAUGCGUGAGUGGCCUAGGGACACGCCUGGUUCUCUGAUAGAGAUAUCUGUCAUGGUGCCCGCAGAACUGCCCAGUCCCUGAUUGUCAAGACCUACUCUCAGGACCUGCCAAGAUGGGAAAGGGCCAGGCCAGGCUCCAGCUGUUCUGUGGACCCACCUGCUGACUCUCUGGUCUCUAAGACAGGCAGGCUAGUCAUCUGUCCUUUCCUGACCUGAGGGCCCUUGCAUGUGGAGCAUCCCUUAUGCUGGGAAGGUCAAGAGCCACUGCUAGCUUCCCUGUCUCCUAUCCAGGCCCCUCAUAUCAGAGUCUACUCCUCUAAUGUUGAGGAAAUGGAGGGAUGAAAGGGAAAAGAGGUUGCACUCUGUCAUGGAGAGAGACCUAUUUUUUGGAAUCAGGAGGUUUGGGAUGGUGAAAGGCAAUCACCUGAAUCCUGGGGACAGGGUUGGGAAGGAUCUGUUAUGGGCCCUGAGAGGCCCAGGAAUGGAGCUGAAACUGCCCAGUGGCAAGGAUGCCAGAAGAGGGGCUGCUCAUGAUUGAGGGCCAUUCAUACUAGAGGGUCCAUGAGGUCUCCCAGCCACCUAUCCCUGGCAGCUAGCUGUUUGCUGAGCCUGAACUAGGGUGGGAGCUGAGGAGGAGGAGGAAGAGGGGGAACAGUGGGGAACCUACUGCACAUGCGUGAUUGUCCCCACAGACAGACUUGUUUUUAUGCCAGCAGCACAGAGGGCAGGAUGGAGAGCUUCUGCGUUGGCUCCACCCUCCAGGAUAGUGGAGCAUGGGGCAGGCUACUUUCUCUUCCUUCAGUAUUUAGGGACUGCAGGGAAGAGGGAAGCAAGGCAGUGUUCCACUGUCCACUGCAUCUCUUCACAGGGUUCUAGAAGGCAGGCUAACCUGUUUCUGAAAACAGCUCCCUGUCUGGGACUAUAUUGAGGACCUGAAGUUGGGAGAGGGGGGCAGUUCUGAAUGCCUGAAAGAAGGUGGAGGAUUACCCCUUGGGAAAAGACCUAAAAAUCUACUCUAUUUUUUAAUUACCCUACCUCCAUCCCAUCUAUGGAAAGGGGCUCAGUGUGUUUAUGGAGUGGAGAAGGGGGUCUUUGCACUUGGCCUCCCCAUAAGACUUAGAGGGUCAAGGCUCAUGCCAGAGGCAUUUGGGCAAGGUGUUGGGCAGAGACAGACUCCAGAGCUGGGCAUUUCUCUGCUGAGCAUGCUUGUGCCUUUGGCCUAGCUCCCCACUAUUGCUAUCCUCUGCUGAUUAGAGGGAUGCGGGAGUGGCAUGUAUACAUCUUCCACUGGGCAAAUAAUGCAUGUCAGGAGGCCCUCACAGGGAAGGUUCUGGAUUUAUUCCCUCCUCUAGAUGCUAUAAAUAUGUUAGCGCUUAAGCUGAUUGGAGGGCUGUGGGUAAUUUAGGAUGCAGAAAUCUGUAAUUUAACUUGAACCAUCUCCAUGUGAAAGCAUUAAAGUUGUAAUUAAGUUGUUUACACGAUGACAGUAUGAGGCUGUGACAGGAUAUAUGGAGCCCCAGGAGGGGAUAGUAUGGUUGAGGGACUGUGGGUGGUAUGGAGAUAAUCACUUGGAUCUCACCUAUGAGGUGGCAGCCCAAUUGAUCUAGCUAAGGAAAUGCCUCUGACCCUGAGUUCAAGGCUGCUCUAGGGCCUUGUCCCUCAACUGUGGAAUGGGGUCACAAUGCCUGCCACUCCCUGGAGUAGAGAGGCCCAGCAGGCAGGACCUUGUGGGACCAAGGUGGGAGGGGGCUUAAGCUCUAAGGAGGGCCAGGGAGAGAUAUGGAACCUCAUGACCCAUAGGAGCUAUGUCUGAAACACAAAAAGGAACAAAAUGACAUGGCCUUUUCUGGAGCACAAGGGAUGGGAACACAUUAGAGUUUUGUGUGUGGAACCUACUUACAAAAUUCAGAGGGUUUAGAGGAGAAUGACACUAGGAUGGCCAGAAGUCCUAGUUUUCCUAGAACUAUCCCAGUUUUAGCACUGAAAAUCCCACAAGCCAAGACUCUCAGUGACAUCCAGACCCUACCCCAGAGAGCUGAGCCUUCUGGCUAGCAUCACAUAAACAAGAAGGGUGUAAGUCCCCCAGGUUCUCAACGGAGGGCUAAGCUAGCAGUGGGGGCUGUGGGGCAAGGCCUUAGGUAAGACUGAGGACCAAGCUCUUCGCAGGCCAUUCACACUGGGGUUGAGUCACAGGGCGUGUGGUGAUGGCCUUGGUCUUUGGAAGGGGGCUCCUUCCCUCAGCAGACUGGCAGGAUUCUAGGGACUGGGGGAUGGACUGUGAUUCUCUGGAUAGUCUCUUGACCCAGGAAUGUUGCAGCUGCAGGAACCCAGUAUCUAGGGGAUUCUGAAGAAAUGGGGCCUUUGGAGUAAGGCUGGUACCCAGGGACCAGGGCCUGGAUGGUGGCUACAGGAGGACCCAUUGCCAUUCUCUCCCUGUCUGCCCCAUGCCCCUUUCCUGCUAGUAAUGGACACAGAGCAGCUGUCCCUGUCAUGUCUUUACCUCUAGUGUUCUCAGUCACUUAUCCCUUCCACCCAUCAUCUUCUGCUUCCGAGCUCUGUUUCCCAGACCUACAGGAAAACCAGAAGCCAACAAGUUUCCAGGUCUUCAACAGAAUCUGAUGUGAAAUAAAUAUUGGGGUAAAAGUUUCUGGUUAGCAUGUCCUCCUUGAGGCCUCGAGCCUAGUGCACUCCCUGCUCUCAGCCAGGCAGCAGAGUGAGAGGGAGUGAGAGGGAGUUGUCUGCCUGCCUUCACUCUUCCUGAAACUGUCUAUUAAAGGGGGCUGUAGGCGAAGUGCCCCUGCCAACACACAUGCUUUCCUAAGUGAAACUCCUUCUUGUGAAUAGCAACUAGGGCUUGGGGUCAGAAGCUGCAACAGUUUUUGGUGGAUGGUAUCAGGGUGGACAUGGCUGGGUGCCUUUAAAGAUCAUCUUCUUGUUUAAUAAAGUGAAGUGUCACCUUCAAGCCAAAGUGAAUAAAAUAAUCCCAUUGCCUGGCUCAGGAAGACACUGGGGAUGCCUUUAGAAUGUAAAAAUAAGUAAAUUUUUGUUGGGAGAACCCAGAAACUCCAGUAAAGACCAGUACAACCUUGCUAUGUCUUCCUUCCAGAAACAUUACUGAGCCCCUAUCACAAGCCUGGGACCAUGGUCUCAUCAGUGAACCAACCCAGAUCUGAAUUUCCAUUCUAGAUGGAGGAGACAGAUGUUAAAUAGGAGAAGAGGUGUCUCUGUGUAUACAUUUCUCUCUCUCUCUCCCUCUCUCUCUCUGUGUAUAUAUAUAUGUAUGUAUGUAUGUAUAUAUAUAUAUAUAUAAAUACAUAUAUAUGUCUACAUCUUUAUAACUAUACCUAUGUGAAAAGGCAGACAUAGAGGGUCAGGCUAUGCCUGCGGAUGUUCAGAAGCUGGGAGCAGAUACUCUCACCCUAUCCUGUCCAGCUACAGACUUCUGCAGGAGGCCUUGUGGCCCCUAUCCACCCUGACCUCUGAGGGCUCAAGACAGAGGGGGCAAACUGCAGGUGGGGGCAUCUGUGGUCACCCAGAGGAUACUCUUGAAAAGCCAGAGAUGCUGAUAAAUGAGUAAGAAGUAUGCAUGUGUAAGUGGAAGGAGGGGUGAAAGGGAUGGGGAGACCAUGGAGACCCCUCAGUGGUUCUCAACCUUCCUAAUGCUGUGGCCCUUUAAUACAGUACCUGUGAGUCAUGACCCACAGGUUGAGAACGGCUGCCUUAGAGGAAUGGAGUGGAGUGACACCAGGAUUCCACCCCACCUGGGCCUGGGUCUGACCUUGACAUACUUUUUUAGUCCCCAUCCCCAGAGGUUCCAACCCCUCACCAUGGGUUCUUUCAUCUUGCAAGUGGAAGAUCAAGGUGGGUGACAGUGCUCCCCAGGGCACCUGUCCCUACACAGAGGGAGUUGGGGAAGGGUGAUGAGCAGAGAGGAGUAUCUGGGAAGGAGAGGAUCUGUGCAAGAGCAGAGGGGUAGACGGGGCUGAGGCCUGUCUAGGAAGGGGUUUUCCAUUCUCAGCCCCUAGCCUGGGAAAAAGCAGUCUGAGUCAAAGAGACCUUCUGCCCUGCUUCUCAGAUCUUCUCUCAGCUUUGAAGGUUCCCCCCUCUCAAGGUUCAUCUAGAAAGGUGAACCUCUGGGAGCCUUGUUGGAUCUACAAAUACAAUAGGCCUGAGAUUCCUACGUGAGCUGUGGGGGACGGCCAGUGGAGGAAGGAAAGCCCAAAGUGACCUGAGGCAUCCCCAGGGGCUAAGGUUUCUGUACAAAGAUCUUACUCUGAGCUUGAAUCUGCAGACAGGAAGGAAGGCCCAGGAGAUACCAAGGCCUUCCUUAUCAAACCAGGUCAGCUUUGAUCAGCAGGUCACAGUGUGGGUCAGAUUCUCACAUUUAUGGCAAAAUCUCAGGUAGCACAACACCCCACGUAACUGGGAGGGAAAGUGAAAAUUACAUAGGGGACUUCUGUGGUGCCCCCACCCCCACCCCAUGUGCAGAGUUCACAGAACUAGUCAGCAUUUUCUGUGCGCCCAAUUCUGUGCUUGGAGGUGAUAGGGGGCUGCCUGUCCUCCAGGACCAACUGCUAGGUCAGAGAAGGACUGCUGACUGAGUUGCUCUUGGUCCCUAAGAGUUUCAGGGAGGAGUGCCUGAAGGAGGCAG